CUGUCAUAUUCAGCGAUGACUUACUGGUGGAUCGGACGUUUCAAACCACAUGGCAAGAAACAAUGGAGCAUCUGUGCCAGUUGACUGUUACUCCCCGCCAAGUGCACGAAUCUCCUUUACUUUGAAGUAUCAAAUUCUUCUCCUUACAUCAAAAUAUCAAAUCCUCCCAACUUUCAUCCCAAUUCCUGUUUCUUCCCAACAGCAAAAUACGUACUAGAAAUAAGCGGAGGAAGAAGAAACCCAGAAGCACAAAGCAAUGAAGACCCGAAGGCAAUCCGUUUUUGUACUUGUGUUUUUCUUUUUUGUUUUCAAUCUCUACGUCGGGAAAGCUCAGGUGUCAAUUCCGGCUAAGUUCGAUGGGUUCUGGUACGAGAACCGGUCGCCCGAGAUUGAUUCUAUCAUUAUCGAAGCGUUUUUUGACCCGGUAUGUCCAGAUAGCAGGGACGCUUGGCCACCUCUCAAACAAGUUCUCAACUACUACGGCUCUCGCAUUUCUCUAGUUGUCCACCCCUUCGCUUUACCGUACCAUGACAAUGCCUUCGUCACUUCCCGUGCUUUGCAUAUUAUCGACAAGUUGGUGAAUACUACAGCUACAUAUAAUGUGUUGGAGUCAUUCUUCAAGCACCAGGAGGACUUCUACAACCAACCGACCUUCAAUAUGUCCAGGUCAACUAUUGUAGAUAACAUUGUGAAGUUUGUGACAGAAGUUGUUGGAAACUCAUACUAUUCUGCAGUGAAAUCUGGCUUUGAUGACACUAAUACAAAUCAGGCGACGAGGAUUUCCUUCAAGUAUGGUUGCUCGAGAGGGGUGUUUGGGACGCCUAUUUUCUUUGUAAACGGAUUUGUAUUACCCGGUGCUGGCGCGGCAAUAGACUAUAAUACAUGGAGAAGCAUCAUUGACCCAUUGGUCAGCCAGUAGAAGGAGAAACCUACACAUUUCCUAUAGCGAGGAUUUUAUCUAUUGUCUGUCUGUUCUCUCUCCCCCCUCCCCAAACAUAUUUGAACUUAAUAAAUUUAACAUAAGUGCCUCUUAAAGAUUGA